AUGAACAGGAACAACAAAACUAACUACCGUUCCGUCUCUGAGAUCCAGAGUUUAAUCAGAGUGUGUUUGUUCUGUGUCCGUGUGCAGCCGGACGAAGAGGAGAGCCGGGAGGAGCCAGAGGGAGAGGAGGGGGGGGUCACCUUCAUCGCCCACGUUCCUGUUCCCUCGCAGAGAGAGGUGGAGGAGGCUCUGGUCCGGAGGAAGAAGAUGGAGUUGUUGCAGCGUUACGCCAGCGAAACUCUUCAGGCUCAGAGUCAGACGGCCAAAACACUGCUGGGACUCUAACCUGUCUGUCUGCCUGCCUGUCUGUCUGUGUAAAUAUCAGCUCAUUUUGUAUUUGAUCUGUUUUUUAUUAAACGUUCUUCAGCUCAGU